AUGUAUUUGAGGACAGUCUUCUCUUGGGUUCUGCUACUACUGGUGACACUGCUGUCUCCUUCGGCUAAUGCCUCCAGCAAAGCACUCUAUAUUGUGUAUAUGGGAGAGAAGAAACAUGAUGAUCCGUCCAUGGUCACCGCGUCCCACCAUGACCUACUAACCUCUGUUUUUGGAAGCAAGGAUGAAGCCUUGAAGUCGAUAGUUUACAGUUACAAGCACGGAUUCUCUGGUUUUGCAGCAAUGCUGACCGAUUCUCAAGCCGAGACACUUAUAGAAUUCCCGGAAGUCAUCAGUGUGGAGCCUAACACUUACCACCAAGUGCACACAACUCAGAGCUGGGACUUUCUUGGCCUUGGCUAUGAUAACAACCAACAACAACAAACGGGCCUCCUGAAAAAAGCAAAUUACGGUGAAGAUGUUAUCAUCGGUGUGGUUGAUACAGGCAUAUGGCCUGAAUCACCAAGCUUUGAUGACAAUGGGUAUGGACCGAUACCUGCACGGUGGAAAGGCACGUGCCAAACCGGCGAAGCAUUCAGCGCCAAGAGCUGCAACCGGAAGAUCAUCGGCGCCCGGUGGUACGGCCGUGGCAUCAGCACAGAAGCUCUCGAGAGGGACCUCAUGUCGCCUAGGGACUUCAACGGCCACGGGACGCAUGUUGCAUCGACUAUUGCCGGCUGCCAGGUGGAGGGUGUGGGCUACGGGGGAGGCCUAGCCACUGGUGUGGCGCGUGGCGGGGCGCCGCGCGCGCGUCUGGGCAUCUAUAAGGUGUGCUGGGUGGGUGUGGGCUGCCCCGAUGCGACGGUUCUCGCUGCCAUCGAUGACGCCAUACAAGAUGGCGUGGACGUUCUGUCGAUCUCGCUGGGAGGGGGCGCCGGCCACGAGUACCCAGGGACGUUGCACGCCGUGCUACAGGGGAUCUCUGUCGUGUUCUCCGGCGGGAAUAAUGGCCCUGUGCCGCAGACAGUGUCAAACGCCGUGCCAUGGGUAACCACGGUGGCCGCCAGCACGAUUGACCGAGUUUUCCCCACCCUAAUCUCUCUUGGGAACAAGGAAAAUUUGAUGGGGCAAUCUCUUUACCACGAUACAUCUGUGACCAGCUAUAGUUUUGAAGACCUUAUUUAUGCGCGAAGCUGCUCCGCGGCGUCACUUGUGUCGAGCAACGUCACAGGCAAAGUCGUAUUGUGCUAUGCACCAGCCCCGCCUCGGUUAUCACUCUUUACAGCCAUCAACUUCACCGUGGCAGCCGGCGCCAGGGGGCUAAUCUUCGCGCAGCAUGCCGACAACGACCUUGACACCCUGGACGUGUGCGAUGGUAUCAUGCCUUGCGUGCUUGUUGAUUUCGAGAUCGCUCAACGAAUCCUAUCGUACUGGCGCCUCACAGGGAAUCCGGUGGUGAAAGUGUCCCCUGCCAUGACCGUUGUGGGCAAUAAGGUGUUGUCACCGAGGGUCGCCUCUUUCUCGUCAAGAGGACCUAGCCCCUUGUUCCCUGGCACACUUAAGCCUGACAUAGCUGCACCCGGAGUUAGCAUACUGGCGGCCGUGCGAGGAUCCUACAUGUUACUGUCUGGGACGUCCAUGGCAUGUCCUCAUGUGUCGGCGGUCAUCGGGCUGCUCAAGUCAGUUCACCCUGAUUGGUCGCCUGCAAUGCUCAAGUCCGCUAUCAUCACCACCGCAUCAGUGGUUGAUCGUUUUGGUAUGCCGAUCCAAGCAGAAGGCGCCACAAGGAAGCUUGCCGACCCCUUUGACUUCGGCGGUGGCCAUAUGGACCCAAAUAGGGCUGCCGACCCCGGCCUGGUCUAUGACGUGGACACAGGAGACUACAUCAAGUUUUUAAAGUGCACCCAGCUUGGAUUAUCACUAGACGAAUGCGAGCAAAACCAGCUCCACCUCAAUCUCCCGUCAAUUGUGGUGCCAAACCUCAAGGACUACGUUCUGGUCCGACGCACUGUCAUGAACGUCGGGCCAAUGGAAGUGACUUACCGAGCAGUGGUUGAGGCUCCAGCUGGAGUAGCAUUCUCUGUUGUGCCAUCCGUGAUCAGUUUCACCAAAGGUGGUACCAAAAGCAUGAUGUUCGAAGUGGCUUUCACGGCAAGGCAGAAGGUGCAGGGUGGGUACACCUUCGGGAGCUUGACAUGGCAGUCGGUUGCAACUACCCACUUGGUGAGAAUUCCCAUUGCAGUACGAACCGUGAUACAAGAUUUUGUCGCGGAUACUUCAUAA